AUGGCGGGGAAGGGGGUGGUCGGGGAGGACGCGUUCGAAGACGUGGAGCGCGCGCUCGAGGCGCUUCGCGAGAGAGGAUACGUCGAGGAAAUCGCGAGAGGGGCCGCGGCGUUGGGGUACGGGGUGUUCGGGGACGUCGCCGCGAUGUUGAUCGCGAAGACGGUGCGCGUGGCGGCGGUGUUGCCGACCGGAGAUGAAGUCAUGCAAGUCAAGGAGAGCGCGUGGGUGCGCGUUUCGCUGCGAAACGCGUGCGCCGGGUUGAGCAGGGACGAACGCGUGAAUUUACAGUCGUUGUGUGAGUUUUCGGUGGACGGCACGCACUUUUACUGUCGAACGUUUGAUGUUUCUCGUCCGUUCGCGUACGGGAACGCCGAAGCUGGAUUGCAAAAUCCCGAUCGGGAGUGGGUGUGGAACGCGUCGCUCGCCGCGCCUCUGCGGGCGACGGGGAUUCCGGGGGCGUGCCCGACGCUGAUUCAAGGUCUAGUCGAGCAUCGCGAGCUGCGCGAUUCAAAUGAUAAGUUAUUCAAUCUUUGUAUUUUCGGCAAGAGGUCUAGCUUGCAUCCGGGGACGCGAUAUUUGGCGCGAGGUUUGAACGACGUCGGCGCGCCGGGGAACGAGGUGGAGAUGGAACAGCUCGUGUGGUGCGAGGUCGAUCAGCAGCGUUCGGAUAGUCCGGAAGCGUCAGAAGCAGGGUUGAUGAACGGUGACGCGCGGGGGGGGAGCGUGUCGUCCAAGGAUGGGAAACUGUGCAGUUGGACGUCGUACGUGUGGCGACGAGGCAGCGUACCGAUUAGCUGGGCGCAAGAAAUCAAGCAGGCGUAUGGCGAGGCGGAGAUCCAGGUCGCCAAGGAAAAUCCGUAUCGGGGCACGGGAACUUACUUCGCGCGCGUUAUGAACGCGUAUCGUACGCGUGCAGUCGCUGCGGCGAAUGGUGAGCGUCAAUCGUUCCCGAUUACGUGCGUCAACCUGUUGCGAUGCGCGCCGGGUAAGCCAGAAAUGUUGCUCUCAGAGCAUUUUCACGAAGCUGUGCGCGGGGUGCGCCAGCGCGCUGGUUUAGCGGAUGUUUCGGUCUUGAACUUUGAUUGGCACGCGAACUGCAAGGCGCUCGGUGAGGCGAAGACUGUUGAAGGUCUUUGGGCCGCCCUUCGUCGUCAGCUAAUUGAAUGUUCGAUUUCAAUGGGAUCGACGUGCGCCGUGGCGGACGAAGACGGCGUGGAGAAAACCGUGAGCUCCUGGCAGCGCGGGUUACUGCGAUACAACUGUGCAGAUUCACUAGACCGAACGAAUCUGGCGGGAUUUUUCGUCGCAGCUCAAGUUCUGACGGAACAGUGUUCGGAGUUGGGUCUGAGUGUGUUCAACGCGAACGCAAACGCUGGCCUCGCCUACGGCGGCGGCGCGCUUUCGGAAGGCGUGCUCGCGAGAACGUCCAGUGGAUCGAUGCUGCCCCCAGGAUGGGAGUCUCGCACAGAUACCACGACUGGAAGGACUUUCUACAUCGAUCACAACACGCGGACGACAAGUUGGUCGUUGCCAGAGCAGGAUACGACUCGCUCGGAACCCAUCGCGGUAUCGCCCAAUAAGACCGUUGAAUCUCCGUCGCAGGCGCAAAGCCCGGACUCUAACAUGGGAAGCCCGGGGCAGUCGAAGCUUCUCUCUCGUCUGAACUCAUCCGGUCAGCGACUUUGUCAAGCCGGAGGCGCCGAGUGGCUGGACGAACUCAUGAAGAGUCCGGAAAAGGCGCACAAAGGCGCCGAAUCGUUCAAAUGGUUGGAGAGCACGGUGGACGAAUUCCGCGCAGCGAUGCUGCCGCAGUGCCUCACUGCCAUGGUUGAGAUCUUUCUCGCCAACGGUGACUUCCACGCACAGAUGUAUACGUCUACGAGGGCGUCGCACACGGCAACCAUUCAUUUGCUGGACGCGAAUCCCGCCACUGCGGCGGCGAUUCGCUAUAAAUCCACGCCGACUUCGGCGAGCAGUACGAUGAGCAACGCGGCGCUUGGUAUUCAGAGACGCUUCCACAACAUGGUAUCCGACGGCACGAAGCAGCAACAAUUUGAAAUGUUUCUCGGACUCAACCACAAGAAGUACUUUCCAUCCAUGGCGAACGCGCCCGGUCGCGUCGUGACACGAAUUGACGCCGCAUCUCCAGCAAAAUUGCCGCCGUGCGUGAAAGAAGACGCCGCGGAUGACUUAAUGAAUACUAUGCUUUCGUCGUGCGGCGCUUCGAUAGCCGCGGCAGUAGGGCCACUUUGGAUCACCCCGCGUGGUUCGCACGAUGUUUCGUUUGAGUACAACGUGUCGCCUGGGGCGGGAAAACCAGAAUAUCUCUUGGUGACAUCGCCGGUGGGGGUGCCAGAAGCCGUCGCGCCGUCACACGUCGACGUAGUCGUGCGACAAGGUGGACGAAACGUUGAGCACUCGUUUGCCCUCCCUCGCAUGCCAGCGGGGACGCAGUUUUCAUUCAGUAUUCGCGAGGCGUCUGCAGCCGCGGAUGGAGGCUUUUGGAGAUUUGAUCGAGACGCUGUGGAAUCGCACGACAACGGAGCGUACACGGCAACGUUGCACAUCCGAAAUCAUCUCGGGGAUAAUGAAGCGACAAAGGAUACAUUCUUAGCGAUCGGUCAAUUCGAGCUCGUAAGCGUACAGCGCGCGUUGACAAACGGUGCGAAGACGCAAGCUUCACUGGGUCAGAAGCCGCCGCUUCCGCGCAGUUUAGAAACCAACGAACCUGCGCCCUCACCGACGAAUUCGGAGAAGGAUUACGCGGACGCGAUGCAUGGCGUCGUUCCGGGAGAGGCGUCGUUGGCAACUUUGCUCGAGCUCGAGCUCGUGCGCAUGCGCGCACGCAUGGCAGUCGCGACGCGAGAUACGCUCAUCGUCGCGCGGGGCUGUCGCGCGAGCGAUUUCGAUCCAACAGAGCGAUUGAAAAUUUGGCUCGCGCGGUCCCAUCUGAGAGAACUCGAAUCAGAACGCACGAAGAGUAGUGCGUCGACAUCGACGAGUGGCGCGAUCUCCUCUCUACGCAGUCUCAGUUUGUCGAGCUUAACUGAGUCAAUCAUGGGACCAAUGAUUCGACCAAACGCAGCCACGCUCAGUCACGUGACCAACGCGCUCGGUUCGCAUCAAGCCGCCGCGAACGCUUCGGCGACCUUCCCGAUGACGGUCAAGGGUGAUCCGGAAGAUGAACGAUGCAGCAGCGCUCUCGAUGGAUUACGAGAGAUAUCUUCUGAGCUCUUCGCCCCGCUCGACCACGACGCCGGUGGUAAUUUCUUCGUCGAAUGUUCCGCCGAGGCGUGCGAGGCGGAGAAGCGCGCGGAAGCUGGUACGCGCGUCGCCGAUUUAAUUGCCGAUGCGGACGUGCGAAGUAUCGUCGAUGGCAUGCACACUGUUCGACGCGAGUACAUGCGCGCGACGUUCGAGCAGUGCAGCCUCAACGGCGCAUCGCUCCAUGUCGGCGUUCCAUCAUCCGUCGUCGUCGGCUUCAAGCUCGCCGUGCCCGACCUCGCGCGAGCGUACGCCCCGUGCGUCCUACGCGUCGUCGCCGUGUGCGACGUGCCCACAGACGACCUCGUUCACGUCGCGGACUACGUCAUCCCCGCCACCAAACCGCGCACUACGCUCCACUACGAGCUCGGCGGCGCUUUCGCCGAACGUCAGCCGAAAUCCCUCCUGUUUCAUCUUUUCUCCCCGGCGAGCGCCGCCGCCGGCGCACCGUGGUCCUUACACGGUCGCAUCGGUCUAUACGCGCACGCCCUGGACCCACCGUCGGUUAGCCCCGACUCUUCGCCCGCACUCUAG